AUGUUUUCAGAGGAUGAUCGAUUCGGAGCAGAAGGUUUGUCAAAUGCAGCCGAUAUGGAUUCCCACGUUGGUCUCGACUAUAUCGUGGAUAAUCCCGAUUACUGCGUCAAGCUCGCCACGGCCUUGGACACAGCGUGUCCCUCGGUUAAGAAGCAAGUGGUAGAAUUGCUUUCGGCGCUGUGUGUUUACAGCCAGGAUGGAAGACAGAGAGCUAUCGAUACUCUUCACGCGUAUCAGGUGAUCGAACUUGAGAAAAGCCACGCACCGGAUCUGAGAGUGCAGCUCGAUGUUUUCGACGACCAACGAGAAACCGACGAGGAAUUAUCGAAUCACGGACCACCUGGAAUCGAUCUUUCUUCCCAUGUGGAUGUCUUUUAUGCGAUCUUUGGACAAAUCGCUGAUACACCGCAAGAAAUACCAUUCUUGAGUAUUCUCCAGCAUCUGUUACGGCUGGAUCCGAAAGAUGCUGCUAGCGAUCUAGCAUGGGAUACGGCAGAGACGUUGGUUCAUAGAGCUACGCUGUUGGAGAAUCGAGAAGACGCUACCAAAUUGUUGCGUUCACCUAGUCUUCAGACGAAUCUCUGUUGUCACUGUCGAGGUACCGAUCAGACGUGUGGAACCUCCCGAAAAGCGUCGUUAUCGGUGAACAAUUCAACGACGCCUCUGCCACCUUUACCGCCUCCUCCUCCGCCUCCUGUACCCGUUGAUCCGUCAGGUACAAGCUCGCCGACACAAAAUCGCGUUUUACCACCACCUCCGCCUCCACCGCUUCUUACCGGCAACGCUACGUACGCCGAUGCAUCGAUGGAUCCACCGCCAAUGCCGCCGCCGUUGCACGCAUUACCGGUCACACGAGUACCCACCCCCGAGCCGCCGAAUAAUCACGCGAGACUACUGCCGCAACAGGAAAUACCCACCCCCAAGGCAAAAAUGAAAACCAUCAAUUGGAACAAGAUACCAAAUCACAAGGUGAUCGGAAAGCGCAACAUUUGGUCUCUGGUUGCCGAUGAGCAUCAGAAUUCUCCCAUGGCGGAUAUAGAUUGGGCAGAGAUGGAAGGACUGUUUUGUCAACAAGUACCGCCGGUAUUACCAGCCGCCUCGUGCUCCUCCUACGGAGCAAACUCCGAUGCCGAGAGACGACGUAGGGAACCGACCGAGAUCGCGCUUCUCGAUGGCAAGAGGAGUUUGAACGUUAAUAUAUUCCUAAAACAGUUUCGAAGUUCGAACGAAGAUAUUAUUCGGCUUAUAAAGGACGGCAGUCACGACGAGAUCGGGGCGGAAAAGUUGCGCGGCCUUUUAAAAAUUUUACCGGAGGUCGACGAACUGGAAAUGCUCAAGAGCUUCGACGGGGACAAGUCGAAGCUCGGAAAUGCCGAGAAAUUCUUUUUGCAACUGAUUCAAGUACCAAAGUAA